GCCCGGGGAGGGAGGCGGGAGAGGCGGCCGCGCUCCGGAGGAGGAGGAAGGGGGUUGGGAGCCCGGCCGCCGUCGCCGCCUUCGCCUCUUCCUUCCGCCCGCUGCGGGGAGCGAGGCGCGCGGGAGGCACCUGUCACAGCCGCCAGGGCGAGCGCGGCGUCCUCCGCGGACACAGGCGGCGGCGGGAGAGGCCCGGCACGGCUCGGCGGGCCCGACGCGCCCGGCGCGGGGACGGCUGCGGAGAUGAUGCCGAUGAUAUUAACUGUGUUUCUGAGCAACAAUGAACAGAUUCUGACAGAAGUUCCAAUAACACCAGAAACAACCUGUCGUGAUGUAGUGGAGUUCUGCAAAGAGCCUGGAGAGGGGAGCUGCCAUCUGGCUGAAGUAUGGCGUGGAAAUGAACGUCCCAUACCCUUCGAUCACAUGAUGUAUGACCACCUACAGAAGUGGGGUCCCCGCAGGGAAGAGGUGAAAUUUUUUCUUCGUCAUGAGGAGUCACCAGCUGAAAACAAUGAACAGAGUGGCCGUCAAGCCCAAAAUCAAAGAAAUGGCAUCAAUAUACCUGUGGAGAAACGUACAGAGAAUGGGGUUGGGAAUCCACGUGUUGAGCUCACUCUUUCUGAACUGCAAGAUAUGGCUGCCCGACAACAGCAGCAGAUUGAAAAUCAACAGCAAAUGUUGGUUGCUAAGGAACAACGUUUGCGUUACCUGAAGCAGCAAGAACGUCGGCAGCAGCAGUCUGUUUCUGAGAGUGAAAAGCUCCAAAAACUUAAAGAACGUGUUGAAACCCAGGAGACAAAGCUGAAAAAAAUCCGUGCCAUGAGAGGACAAGUGGACUACAGCAAGAUUAUGAAUGGCAAUCUGUCAACUGAAAUUGAGCAUAUAAGUGCCAUGUUCCAGGAAAAGCAGCAGGAGCUGCAGGCUGCAGUGUUAAAAGUGGAUCAACUUACCCAGCAACUGGAGGAUUUAAGAAAAGGGAAACUGAAUGGGUUUCAGUCUUACAAUGGACAAAUGACAGGGCCUGCAGCAGUAGAAUUAAAAAAGUUGUAUCAAGAGCUACAGAUCCGUAACAGGCUUAACCAGGAGCAGAACUCCAAGCUUCAGCAACAGAAAGAACUCCUAAACAAACGCAAUAUGGAGGUGGCUAUGAUGGACAAGCGAAUCAACGAGCUCCGUGAACGACUGUACAAGAAAAAAGUUGAGGCACGUCAAAAAGAAAACAUUCCUUUGAACCGUAUUAACGGAACUUCAUCACCCCAGUCAUCCUUGAGUGCUUCAGGAAGGGUGGCAGCAGUGGGACCUUACAUCCAAGUUCCAAGUGCUGGCACUUAUGCUGUACCAGUAGAUCCAGUUAAACCACAGUCUCUCACCAUUGCUUCAAACUCAACACAUGGAAGAUCAAAAUCCGAGACAGACUGUGGGUGUGUGAAAAAAUCUCCAGACACCUGGAAGGUUUCUGAUUUAGACAUAAUAGUGGAUCCUAUUCUGUCACCUCCCACUUCUCUUCAGUCUGCUGUUCACAAUGUCAUCCGCCUGGCACCUACUCUGUUUGACACCCAGCACUCUAAUGAUGGAAAUUGGCCAAUACUUAAACAGAGCUCAACCCCUGUGGUAAAACCCCCUCAGAUCUCCAACACAGACUGGAAAGAAUCAAGCAUGGAUACUGCUUUAAAACAAGGAACUAUAUCCAGCCAACCUUUGCCAACUUCAGCACUAGGAAGUACUGAUAAACUGGGUCUUGACCUGGGGAAGGUGCCACCAACAGUUCCUGGUGUAAGCAAGCAGUUGCCUCAAAACUAUGGGACCUAUCCAAGCCCAGUUCCCUUAGGAACAGGUUCUACAAACUCUCUAGAAAGAAGGAAGGAUGGCAGCCUGCCCAGACCUGGCACCAGUAUAGCAAACCGGCAAAGGCCCGUUCCCCUCCCGCUGCCCAGCAACGUGCACCAGCCCAGCUCCUCACAGCAGAUCCAGCAGAGAAUUUCGGUACCUCCCAGCCCCACGUACCAACCCUCCGGUCCCCCCUUGUUCCCAGGAGGAGACGGCAGGCCAGAACUCCCUUUGACUGUGGCAAUCAGACCUUUUCUAGCUGAUAAAGGAUCAAGACCUCAGUCUCCCAGAAAAGGGCCACAGACAGUGAACUCCAGUUCCAUCUACUCCAUGUAUCUUCAGCAAGCAACGCCACCAAAGAAUUAUCAACAAGCUGUGUACAAUACCUUAAAUAAGUCAGUAAAAGCAGUUUAUGGAAAACCUGUAUUACAGUCUGGUUCAACCUCUCCCUCACCCUUGCCAUUCCUUCACGGUUCUUUGCCCGCCCAGACUUCCUCACAGCCACAGCCUCAGCCUCAGACUGAGGUCUCUGAAAAAGAUCAAGAGCUGGAAAACGCUCCACCACCCAGUGAGAACAGCAACGUGGAAAACAUUCCUCGUCCUCUCAGCCCUACUAAGCUCACCCCUAUUGUGCAUUCGCCCCUACGGUAUCAGAGUGACGCUGACCUUGAGGCCCUGAGGAGAAAACUGGCCAAUGCUCCGAGGCCGUUGAAGAAACGCAGCUCUAUCACUGAACCAGAAGGCCCGAGUGGACCAAAUAUACAAAAAUUAUUGUAUCAGCGCUUUAAUACUCUGGCGGGAGGAAUAGAAAGUGCUCCCUUUUAUCAGCCAGGCAAUCCACAGGACUUCAUAGGUAUCUUAGCUGACGUUGAUAAUGGGAACGCCAGUACCAACGGCAAUAUCGAGGAACCAAUUCCUGUGCAACCCACAGUUCCUCUUCCCGAUGAGCCUCCCCCUUCGUCAGAUGCCAAUGAUAAUGAAUUACCCUCUCCUGCUACUGAGGAACUGAUAAGCACUGAAACUACAAAUCAAACAUCUGAGACAACCGAAGACAACAACAAUAACAAUCCUGCUAUAGUUACUUCUACUGAGCAGUCACCCAGUCCCACGCCUGAGGUCAGUUCUCCAGUAGAAGAGGAAGCUCCUUUGCCACCUGCUCUUCCUCCUCCACUUCCUGCAACAAAACGUACCAACUUGAAGAAACCCAACUCGGAAAGAACAGGCCACGGUUUGAGAGUGAAGUUCAAUCCCUUGGCUCUCCUCCUGGAUGCUUCUUUGGAGGGAGAAUUUGAUCUGGUACAACGAAUCAUAUAUGAGGUUGAUGAUCCCAGUAAACCAAACGACGAAGGAAUUACACCUUUGCAUAAUGCAGUGUGUGCUGGUCAUCACCACAUUGUGAAGUUCCUGCUUGAUUUUGGUGUAAAUGUAAAUGCAGCAGAUAGCGAUGGGUGGACACCCUUGCAUUGUGCUGCUUCUUGCAAUAGUGUUCAUCUCUGUAAACUACUGGUUGAAUCUGGGGCAGCUAUUUUUGCUUCAACUAUAAGUGAUAUAGAAACUGCUGCAGACAAGUGUGAGGAGAUGGAAGAAGGUUAUAUUCAGUGUUCCCAGUUCUUGUAUGGAGUGCAAGAGAAGCUGGGAGUGAUGAAUAAAGGGGUGGUGUAUGCCCUGUGGGAUUACGAAGCCCAGAACAAUGACGAGUUGUCGUUCCACGAGGGUGAUGCCAUCACUAUUCUAAGGCGCAAGGAUGACAAUGAAACAGAGUGGUGGUGGGCCCGCCUCAAUGACAAAGAAGGCUAUGUGCCUAAAAACCUCCUUGGGUUAUAUCCACGAAUAAAACCUCGACAGCGAACCCUUGCUUGAAUUCAGUUGUUACAACAGUGCAAUACCGUGCUGGUAACUGGAAACUUAAAACAUACACUGGAGCCAUCAUUUUUGAUCAUUUCACACAGAGAAAUAAAACUAUGAUAUUUAGUUUUAAUGGUGCUUUCUCUUGUUAAAUGGACAGCCUCCACGACUUUCAAGAUCUGCAGUUUGUAAAUGAGGAUCGUUUCUAUGUGACCCACCACUGAUGAGGAGAGCGAUACCUCCACUACCUACAGUGUUGCGCCAACUCUCGUCUAACGCAGUGUUUUGAGUCAAAGUUCCGUGGCAGGAGCUUUCUUGUGUUCCAUGUUCAGAGGUGUCACUCGCGGAGUGCAGAUGCGCUGUCCCGUUUGCUCCAACCCCCCCCACAGCAACUGUCCCACGUCAGGAUUUUGGAUAUUUUGUUCAAUACCAGUGAAUGUUGAGUUCUCAUUACCAAUCAGCUCUUUGGGUUCUAGGACACGAGAUCUUCACCUGUUACAUGCAUAAUUAAGUAGUUACCAAAGCUUGAUGUGGGCUAGGAUUUUAGGUGGCAACAUGCUAAACACUUAAAUCCUAGUCUGGACAACCCCAACAAAAGCUUUACCUAGUCUAGCAUCUUGCAUUAUUUGCAUUUAGAAUCAAGCUAGAGAACUAACAAAAACAACAGUAUUUAUACACUUCUCAAAGUCCCUACACAGUAUCUCACGUGGUGUUUUAUUUUCUUAUUAUUCAGCCUACAGCACUGGUGUUACCUCUACAAAUGUAAAGGUUUCCCUACUAACCACCUGAGCUUGUCCAGCCUGGACAGAACAGUUAGUACUGAAGUUGCAGCAGCCUAAAGGAUUUGUACGUCUGCAGGGAUGAAAGUGCAAUAGUUGAAAAGGGUAAGAGUCUGGUGAGGGUUAUACUGUGUCAGCUGAAGUCUGCCUGAGUCAGUCUAGAAGAAAAUAUGAAGGAUGGGACAGAAGUAGGAAGAGGGUCGUGUAGAUGCCAAGACAAGGAGGAGAAAGAAACAAGGUGUAGAGAAGGAUUUAAGAAAGGCAAUAGCUUAUUUGAGGACAGUUUCUGUGGUUCUUGGCAGCCUACACCUGCUGCCAAGGCAAGUUAUGCAAUAACCUGUUCCACUACAUUGUAGUUUCAAGCAAAAAAAGAAAAAUCCACAAACAGGCACUUCACUGGAGUUUUAAUUGUACAUGAUUUUAUAUACCAAAAGUAUAUUUUGAAUCUCCCAUUAUAAGUUUUAGCCAUAUUUCUUGUAAUUUUAUCCCAUUUAACAGUAUGCAAUUUGAUUAACUCUUCAUGUACAAGUUCUGUGUAUAAUUUAUAUAUCCAUUUCUGCAGUGCUGUAACUUGCUUUUACCACAGGUUAGCAUUAACUGUAUAUAUUGUGGUGAAAAGUGAAAGGGUAUUAUUGUUGAAGAAUUUGCUACAUGAAUGUGAUGAUUUCAAGAGCCUAUGAUACACUAAUUCAGAGAACAUGUAAAUGUGCACAAUAAAGUACUGCUAAGGCAUGGCUGCAUUUUCCACUCUCUUUAUAGAGGUCACAGCAGCAGACGUGGCUUUGGUCACAGUCUGCAUGAGAACACUAACUGUAGCUUGCCAGGUUUUAGCUGUAAACUCACCUUUCCUCAUUGUUUUUUACGAGCUGCACUGAAAAGGACUUGCUAGAUGCUUUUGAAACCUCCUUACACUAGUAUUCCAGUGUUCCAAGUGUGACAAAUUAAUUAAUUUAGCAUUAAAUUGAAGUGCUGUUUAUAAAAA